CUUGUUUUAGCCCAAGACACAAACCAGCCCGAAAAAGAUAAAUAAAACUGCUAUUAGGGUUCUCAACUGCUCAGCUGUCACCACGCCGCUCGUCAAGUUCACCCCCAUCGCCAAACCUCUCAGCGAAAAUGGCUCGGGUUAAGGUGCACGAGCUCCGGCAAAAGAGCAAGGCGGAUCUGCUGCAGCAGACGAAGGAGCUCAAGGCGGAGCUCUCGCUGCUGCGCGUGGCGAAGGUCACCGGCGGCGCCCCCAACAAGCUGUCGAAGAUCAAGGUGGUCCGGCUGUCGAUUGCGCAGGUGCUCACCGUCAUCGCGCAGAAGCAGAAGGCCGCGCUGAGGGAGGCGUACAAGAACAAGAAGUAUCUGCCUCUCGAUCUCCGUCCUAAGAAAACCCGCGCCAUCCGCCGUCGCCUCACCAAGCACCAGGCAUCAUUGAAAAUAGAGAAGCAGAAAAAGAAAGAAAUGUACUUUCCGCUUAGGAAAUAUGCUAUUAAGGUCUAAGUUUUGCUAGAGGUGGGAUCUUGAAGGAUAUUGAUAUUUCAUUUCAAUUUCAUCAUUGGACUCUGAGGCUAGACACGGAACUAUUGGUCUUUGUAACUAGCAAUCAAAUUUUGUUCUCUUUACGUUUUCGGACAUGCAUUUGUUACGUGGAGCUAUUCAUGAACCAAAUUGUUGAAUGCAUAUUAGUUCUGUUUUUUCUACCGAUAAUGGUCUUAAUAAGUACUCUAGUAGGUCAACAAGCUCCAGAAAUCAUAAUCUGAGCUUAUUUAAGUACCCAAUGAGGGUACAAAUGAAGCUAUGAGGUCUGUUGUUCAUGAGGUGAUUAAGUGGAUAUUUAACAAAAUUUAGGUUGGUUUCUUAAUCGAACAGCAAAAGCUUGUGUAGAGUGCAGUUUCUCAUCAUUUAUUUGAGAUAUCUCGGAUAAGAAUUGUAAUAUCCCUUUCAGUUAUCUCAGUUAUUAUGAGUUAUUGUUCCAAGAAAUAAGUAAUUUCGAGUCCAAGAUAGUGAGUUAUCGGACCGAAAUUAAGAAUUUUCAAGGAACAAGCCACACGAGUCGUGUGAAGAGACACACGAGUCGUGUGAAACCACACGAGUCGUGUGGAGAAGCACACGAGUCGUGUGGGAGGGAGAUGUGAUGAAAGUUAGCCUCGGGAUUUUGACACGAAUCGUGUGAUGAGCCACACGAGUCGUGUGAGGCUACACGAGUCGUGUGACUUAGCUACACGAGUCGUGUGAGAUGAUGAAUGAUUAAGAGAAAAAGUGUCGGCAAGCCACAC